AUUGUACGUACGCGUCCAUGAUGACUGCGACCCACGACCCAACCCAAUUUCACUGCCCGGUCAGCCGGGGGAGAGGGGGGCGCUGUUUCUUCCGAUUUCGGGAACUUCAUCCUCACCGCAGCUGCAGGCAACCGUCUUCAUGCCGGUACGGUAACCCUUGUUGUGUGAUGUUGUGUAUCAGGGGCCGUUUGGGAGGUUCCGGUUACUUUGCGCCCAUCCCAUCUCGUCUCAACUUUGAAAGAACUCUCCUGCUCCCCUUCUUUUGACAACGCUACUUACUCAUCGAGCACAUCAUCAAACUCAUCGUCCUGCCCAGUACCAGCGUCACAUCAGAGAGACGAUCAUGGCUUCUGUGGCCUCGUGUUCGUCCAUGCUCAUGGCAUUAUGGACGUCGUUGAGUCGCUGCAUCCAGCGGAGGUUCUUUCGUGUCUUUGCAAUCUGUUUCAUCGUCUUUCUCGGCCUUGCUUUCCACCUCACUCACCGUCACCAUCAUCCCCAUCACGAGCCUUUCGAGGCCCCGAUCACGAAACCCAUCGUCCACGGCAACCCAGUCGACAGCCUACCGGAGCCCUCGUACGCCCUGGACCCCUUUCCUCACUCGCCUCAACACCCUCCAAAGAACGGCACCACCGCCGGUCCCUCAAAGCCCUGGCUUGCGGCAGUCAUCUCCACGGCCUCAGAUAUUGAGCGCCGCAUGCUUAUUCGGUCGACGUGGAUGAGGUUGUUCGAGGACGUCCCUUUUGACGGACGCUUCGUUGUGUCCAACCCUGGGCCGAGGUGGACGGAGGUCGUGGCCAACGAGAACCGCACCUUUGGGGACAUGAUCGUGCUUGACCACAUCGCCGAGGAUGAUGUCACGGCCAACACCAUCAAGACGCUCGAGUUUUACAAGUGGCUCGUCGACCAUGAGCUUCACUACGAGUUCGUCUCCAAAAUGGACACCGAUCUAUGGCUCAACGCCCGCGGCUUCUGGGACCGUUUCCUCUCGCCGCGGCUAUCUACGGACGCCGCCACGGGCGUCCAGAGAAGCACCGUUCGCAAGACCCUCAUCGGCGAGCUCUACUACUCCCCGACUUGGGACCUCGUCUUCCCACACGGGGCCAUGUACACCGCCACCUGGGAUAUGGUCCAGCUCCUGGCCCAUCUUCAGGGCAAGCAAAAUGUGGUUACCGGAGAAGACAUGGCCGUCGCCACCCUCAUGCUAAACGGACGUGAGAGGGCCAGCUUUGUCAACUUCAGAGGCACUGAGAAGUUCGACUAUGACGACGAUGACGCCCGUCACGACGGUACGGCGUGGGCGAGGACGAGGACGCACCCUAGUGCCAUCCAGCACGCGCUCGUCGGCCAAGACGCCAUUGCCGUCCACCAGCUCAAGGACGAGAGCCUGUGGUUCAAGGUUGCCGACUGUUUCGACGAGGACGGCGUCAAGCCGGCGCCAAAGACCUCCCAUUCGGAGCCGGAGUCCCAGAAGCCCAUGUCCGUACGUUGGCACGAUUUCUGGUUCUGGAUGGGCGUCUCGGACCGCUACGACGCGAGGUUUGAGCGGAUACCCGACUUCUUGUGGACGAAGGAGGAUGGGCACUGGAUAUGCGAUGGGAUAUGGGACUUGGGGACUACAAAGACGGGGUUUGCGGGAGGGCAAAGCGACUAGCUUCUUGUGUUUUGGUCUGUACUUAUGAUAUCCAAC